CGACGAUAUUCCGCGGCGAAGGCUGCGGCGAGAGUGAGCGCCGUGUCUCUCCCUCGUCGUCUCGGCGCGCGCAAACUUCACGUCGUCGUUACGUAAUAAUCUGCAGCGCGCUCUCGCUCUCGCGCACACGUCACGACGUCCCGGCUGCACGUAGAUUGACGUAGAUUUCUGCGUUAUACGCACGUGCACGCACGCAUGUACGUGCGUGGCGCGCGUACGUAUGUGUGCGUGUGUGUGUAGUUGGAAUGCGGUGACGCUCGAACGUGGUUUCCCGGUGGAGAAUUUGGCGCAAGCUACCCGCGAACGUGUCGGGAAUGUCGGGGAUAAGCGGCCGAAGCGCGAGGUUCCGAUUUCGCGAUCACGCACAGCACGCGCCUCGCCGGUGAACGAACGGGGUGUGACGCGUCUUGCAGUCGUCGCGGACACGCACUCGCGCUGAUUCGCGGUCAUUGGGAUUCGUUAGGGUUUCAUGAGUGACGCACACGUGCACACUCACCUGUCCAUUCGGACGCCUGACGUCGAACGUGUCAGGCUUCGUUUCGCGGUGAAAUACGGUGAAUGUAUGAUGAAUGUAUGAUGAAGAAAACUUACAGAAUAGGUAUACUGAUGAAAAGUUGGAGUCCAGUUUCGCAGAACACUCGAACUUAAGAUAUAUGUUGCUGUAAACUCCCUCCUCGUGCACGUCAUCAAACUUGGGAGGUCAACGUAGUAUCUGUCAGCGGAUUCCGCUCUAGCGACGCCGGUCAGCCAGCCAGUCGGCCGUCCAAUUACUAGUACGGCAUGUAUGCGGCAGCGAGUCUUCCUUUGCCGGCUUUCGCUCGCGGCUGCCGUUUGUUAAGCACUGUCUAUCAGCGAGCAAAGUUCACUAUCGUCGCCGCUUGAGAACGCGGUCGUCAACGUACAUUCGUUCGCUGCGCCAAGACUGGCAUCCGGGAAUCUCCGUCCGGGGCCACCAGCGCUGCAAUCAUGCUGCUGCAUCUGUUCGAGAGCAUUCAGUACAUCCCCAAGUUGUACUACGGCGCACUGCUGGGUAUCGGCUUCUGCGUUUAUUAUCUCUGUGAGGUCGUCAAGACACCCUUGCUUGUUUGCGCCAACGGACCGUUCCGCUCGUUUUUGGAGGCGAAUAUUCCACUGGUGCAGAAUAAAUUCUGGCCGACGUUGUGGUGCUUUGAGUCGCGCGCGCAGACCAUCUUCGCCAGCAUCUUAAGAUCCCGAAUACUGCCGCGUGUCGAAUAUCGCAGAGAAAUUUUAACUCUGUCCGAUGGCGGCGAGGUGGCUUUGGAUUGGGCCGAAAAGGAUUGCUCCGUCACUUCGCCGAUCGUGAUUAUCUUGCCGGGUCUCACGGGCGCUAGCCAAGCGGAAUACAUUAAGUGCCUGGUAGCAGCCGCGAGAAAGAUUGGUGUACGAUGCAUGAUCUUCAAUAACAGAGGUCUAGGCGGAUUGAAACUCAAGACUCCCCGAACGUAUUGUGCUGCGAAUUACGAUGAUUUAAGUGAAGUCAUUGAACAUGUGAGAAAACUUCAUCCUCACGCGAUCCUUGGAGCCACCGGAAUCUCCAUGGGAGGGUUGAUCUUGGGCAACUAUUUGACGCAAGGCCUAACGGCGACAAACAAACUGAAAGCUUGCCUUAUUAUCUCGGUGCCGUGGAACGUGUUUGCCGCGUCGCAGAAUACAGAAGAGAAUUACUUUAAUUUAAUGCUGAACAAGCACCUAGCUAGCAAUCUACGUCGCACUGUAGAAAAUUAUAAUAAUUCCGGCGUCAGUCUUUUCAAUGUGGAUAUGGACUCUGUCCUUAAGUGUCAAACGAUAAGGGAAUUCGACUCACAUUUUACGGCAAAGCAAUUCGGGUACAAGAACGUCGAGGAGUAUUAUAACAGCGCAACGCUCCAUAAUAAGUUACAUUUAAUCGAAGUGCCGACGUUGUGCUUGAACGCGGCGGAUGACCCGUUCCAGCCGUUGAAAGCGAUACCUCUGAACGAGAUUAGCGAGAGCAAAAAUGUGGCCAUAGUAGUGACGUCGCGUGGUGGACAUAUUGGAUUCUUAGAAGGUGUCUGGCCGGUUAAAGAGGAACAAUAUUUGGGAAAGUUUUUCUCGCAAUACUUUGCGGCAAUGUUCACUAGCGGUUUUGAUCAACAAGAGCUUUGACAUAUUCAUAGAUUAGAAUUAAAAGACAGUGUCAUAAACGCGACGCAACUGCCUUGCUAUGGCAAUGGCGUUUACGUAAAAUAUAUGCCGCGUUAUAACUUAUCCCCGUUUAAUCUUCGUUCUAGCUGAAGUGUGACGCACACUAGUUCUAUACAAUCAUGGUAAUUUCUUACCGUUUUUAUACAGCCGUCGAAGAUGCAUAACGGAGCGUAACCGUAUACGAGCACAUUACGUAAAUUCGGCACUCAUCGAGACAAAAUGCUUGUUAAUUUUACUGUCGUGACUUCAAUAGUUGACGCACAGUGAAAUUAUUGUCAUGUUGAUAAUUAGUAGAAACUGUGACUUUUACAAGGGCUACUGUAUUACUAGUUGCUUCAAUUGCUAUCGUUGACACGCUAAAUAUAUCCUAAUUAUAUCAAAGUUCAAAAGAGAGCAUAUAAUUAUUGUGUCCCUUAGCAUUUAAAGGAAUGUCGAGGUUUUGUUUGUAUACUCCCGACAUAAUAGAUACAAUAAAAUUAAUUACAACUA